UGCCGCAAGGAGGACGAGGAGGCCCUGUGCGCGGUGUGCGGGGGCGGCCUGAGCGCUGCACCCAACUACAUCGUCUUCUGCGAGCGCUGCGAUGUUGCUGUGCACCAGCACUGCUACGGCAUCACCGACAUACCGCCUGCUGCGGGCGGGGCUGACACACGCCAGCUGGAGGGCGGCUCCCUGGCGGCCGAGUGCACGCUGUGCCCCGUGCGCUGCGGCGCCUUCCGUCGCACCGUCGACACUGGGGACUGGGUCCACCAGGUGUGCGCGCUGUGGGUGCCGGACGUGAAGGUGAGGGCGGGGGCCGGGGCGGAGGCGGUGGAGGGCGUUGCCUCCAUCAAGGCGGAGCGCUGGGGCGUUCCCUGCACGCUGUGCCACUCCAGCCGCGGCGUCGUGCUGCGAUGCAACGCGGGCCACUGCACGCUGCCCUUUCACGCUCUGUGCGCGCGCAAUGCCGGC